GACGUAUUGAUUGUCAAUAACAGAAAGGUCAUGUUUUGUAAUUCGUCCAAAAUUUUGUACUUAACGUUAGGAUUUAAAUAAUUUUUAACGCGAGUUGCGAACUUGCCAGUAUCAAAAAAUCUGUGAGAGUUAUAGCUAAGACAAACAAUCUGCAAGUCUCAUUAUUAACAUGCUCCUUCUAUGGACCAAAGUAAAGACAUAUUUGGAUUAAAUUCUAAAUGCAGUAUUGAUUUCCAUGAAGUUUUGCGGUUUCCAAAUGAAAAGAGGGUAGUAGCUCGACGUCGUUGGGCUAUUUUGGCAAAAGCCUUAAAGAGCCCCACGGAAAGUCAACCUUCCAGUCCAACCGAUGAAUUUUCUGUACGUCGAAUUUCGUCCUUCAUGCUGUUAAAAACGCAAGAACUCACCUCAUUACCUUUAGUCAGUAGAGAUAACCAAAAGCAUGACCAAAUUAAAAAAUAUACAUGGUAUAAAUAUUCGAUAUGCAUAAAUGGUAGCGAGUAUUUCAUAAACGUAGGCCACAGAAACCGCACUUUUUCCGCAGAGGAUUUAAUGGGGUUCAACAACACGGGUAAUAUUUGUAUAUGGCCAUCCGAGGAGACUUUAAGCUACUUUGUUUGCUCAAAUUUAGAAAUAUUUAAAGAAAAAAAUGUGAUAGAAUUGGGUGGAGGCAUGUCCUGCCUAGCAGGACUGUUCGCUGCUAAAUACGGCCACGCUAAGAGUGUUCUAGUUACCGAUGGUAAUAAGGUUUCUAUCGAUAAUGUCCAAGUGACACUCAAAUGCAACACGUUCCUUAGUGAAGUCGGAUGUAGUAUUCUCCAAUGGUCAUCUUGCGAACCUGUUGAUCAGUACGACGUUGUGCUGUGUGCUGAUUGCCUGUUCUUUGACGACGCAAGAACCGAUCUAAUUAACUGUAUUUGGUGCUGUUUGGCCAGCGAUGGCACCGCUUACGUCAUGGCUCCACAAAGAGGUUCCACCUUGGAUAUGUUCAUCAAACAAUCCGAGGAAAAAGGUUUUACGUGUAAAAAGAAAUUGAGUUAUAACGAUGUUGUUUGGGAAAAACGCUUAGCACUUUUGGAUAAUUGUGAUUUUGAUGAUAAUAUUCAUUACCCUAUACUCAUAGAAGUGACCAAAAAAUAAGUGUCCUUAGUAUUUUGCAUAUUAUAUAUUUAUACCUAUCACGAUAAUUUAUGAUUAUUAUUAUAGACGACCAUAUUCCUUAUAUAUAUCUAGUCUGAUAUUUACCUUAUCUGUGAUAAUUAAUACCAAUUUCCUCUGAAUGUUAGUAAUUGUUAGAAAUCCAUACAUUUAUAUCUAUAUAAAUUAUCAAAGUAUAUAAAAUGUUCUAAUAUACUAAAUACCAGCAAUAAUUUGGAAACUACAGUGCUUAAAGUAUCAGAAAAUAAUUUAUGAGUUUAUUGAUAGACAAUAUUGCACAUAUUACCUGUAUAAUAUUACCCAAGAGGUAUGGUAAACAAAAUAUUUCACUAGAUUAUCAUGUUUUUAAGACAUGUGCUUUACCUUGAAUCAGUUUUUGUUUAUUCUUCUUGAAUAACUGGAACAAAGAUACAAUGCUUAAGCGCAACAAAAGGCUAUUAGAAACUAUACGAAUAACUCUAGCAUAUCAAAAGAAAUUAAUGCUUUCUAUACAAAGAAUUGUAAAGAAAGGUAGGUCAUAGAAGAAUUAUAUAGAUAUAGAAAAUAAAUUACUGUAGACAAUAUGAAUCAACAGUUAUUUAGAUACGCAAUUUUUCAACAAUUCUUGAGCGGUUUAGAUGCUCUUAAACUGGAAUUCGUGAAAAACAGAAUAUUUGCUAACAAAUAGAGAAACCAGAUUUGAUGUACUUAUUGGUGAAGAUACAUAAGGUCAACGAGUUGAAAUAUUAUAUGGUAUCAGGGGCAGUAGUAGAUAAUGAUGUAGUGGGAAAUAGUUAAAUAAAACACAAUAUUCAGCAUAAAAAUUGUAGAUUAUCUGAACUUACUUGGUGAAAUAAAUAAAUCUCAAAUAAAAAUAAUAUUUAAUAGCUUCGGUUAUCUGUUACUGAAACGAUUUCUUAAUCAUUCCACUAAUACAGAAUUCAAACGACGAUUAAGGUCAUUGAAAUUGAUAGUGAAAUUUCGGAAGAUAACAAAGUGACUUGGCCACCUAUUUGAAAUGCCAGAAAGAAGAUGUUUUGUUAGGCUUCACCACGCUGAAAGAAGUGAGGUAGGCGUAGAUGAUCGUGAAAUGAUGGAGACCUUCAAGCGGAAACAGCAUGCCACAGAGAGGCUUUAAGAGCGUAGGGAUCAACUCGUUUACAUCAUCUUCAGGUAAAACUUUGAUGAAUACAUACUGCUUCAACAAGAAAUAAUCUAGCAAGCAGAGCUAAAAUGUCAUGGUAAAAAAGAGAAGAAAGUAAGAUAACUAUUAGGAAAUAAUAAAUGACUCUUUGUAAAGACAAGAAAGCCGACUUGACCUUAGUAAUAAGACAUGGACUUCACACACGAACACUAGACUACAAUUUAAACUUAUAUAUCAAAAAUGGGUGUAUGACCAAUGGUUAAAGUCGUUAAAAAACGUAUUGGGAAAACGUUUACUUGUUUAUCAAAGAUAUUGUGCAAUAUGACAUUGAAUCAAAUUACAGGAUGCCAAUUAUUAAAGUUAUAAAUAUGAUCUUUUCUAUUGAAAUGUGUACCAUUUAAACAUCACUCAAACAAAUUCAAAAUGUGAAAUUGUUAAAGCUUGUAGGUCUGGAAAAUAUCAGGUGAUAUCAAAUAGUCUAAUAUCGCAAUGGAAGAUCACUACGUUCAUAAUGUAGUUAAUCAAACUCAUAUUUUUAUAUACCUUUAAGAAUAGGAGAAUACAUUGAUAACAGAUUGCCAGUUAAAAAGUGGCCGCAAAUAUUUUUAAUUUAAUUAAUGGUAAUUAAUUUUGGAACAAAAAUUUUAUUUCGUUAAUUUUUUUUUAAAUCAAAUACGCUGCUCAUGACUAUAUGCAUGUUUUUAUAUAAAAUUAAAGCUAAUAUUCUUUUAAUACGAUGAUAUAAGGUUGACCGAGAAAAAAUGGUCGCAAAUUGGGGUUGCUAGCUGUUAAAAACGCGAGAGGUCAAAGAUAAAGUAAAAUAGAAUCGGCGCGCAACGAUACUGGUAUAACAAGUGAUAAUAUGUAUAUUAUUAAAACUACCUAUCGACGCUUAAAUCACGAGCAGCGUAUUUUAUUUAAAAAUUAAAUGAACAAAAUUUUUGCUCAAAAAUGACUUACCCUUUAUUGAAUUAAAACUAUUUGUGGCCACUUUUUGAUUGGCAGCCUGUGAUCAAUACAUUCUCCUAUUUUUAAAUAUAUGUAAAAAUGUAAGUUUGAUUAACUACUAUAUAAACUUAGUGAUAUUGCAAUGGGAUAUCGUACUAAAAGAUAUAAAGAUAAUUUAGCAUUAUUGGUCGAGGGCCAAUAAUGUAGAAUAGCAUAGUUACACAAUCUCAAAAAGUAUCAAACAAGAUUGGUUGUGUAGUAUUUUUUUGAGCGUUUUAAAGAUAUUUAAAUUUGAUGGUACAGGCCAAGGUAUAUUGUAUUGAAUAAAUAUUGCUCAACUAUAAUCCUUUAAUGUUAGCCAUGAAGUAACUCGACACGUGCUGUUUAACGUCGCAAGGUGUAUAAAAAGGGAAAACCUAACAAGAAUAUAUUAAUAUUUACAAAUAUAGGGAUUACCACUCUUGUGAAUCGCCUGCAGUAAAAAAGGACCAGCCCUGUAAAAAUUGGAACUUGGUACAAUUUUUUACCAUUAUAGAUACUAUAAUAAAAAAACUUAUUUUUCAUGUACAUUACUGCUAUUAGAUUCAUUAGAAAUUGUAUGUGAAACACUCAAAUGUCAAAUAUGUGUUUUUUUAUUUGAUCAGUUUUGUAGUUUCCAAGAUAUUUCUGGUGAACAACUGCAUUUGGACAUUUUAUACAAUGUUUUACCUAUUGUAACCGGGCCAUUGAGAUUAUCACUUAGUACAAUUAUAUAAAUAGUCCUAAUGAAUGCAUAAUUAUCCAAUACAUUAGAAUGAUAAUGGACAAACAGCACAAUUAAUUUUUUUUUUAUUUAAUUUUGUGUAUAAUAAAUAUUGAAAACAAUUUUAGUAAUAUAUUUUUUACAACAAAUAUAAUUAUGUUUCCUGUUAAAAACAGCUUUAUGUCGUGCAGUAUACCAA